AGGCAGCACAUUUUGUGCACGUUGGUGCCUCCCUAAGCAUACGCAGCUCACUGUGGUGCAGGUGUUUUGCAUAAGGGAGCCCCUCGCUUUCUCCUUCACAGUGUGCCAGACGCUACCUGAAGUCAUGGCCGACCAGGUGGCUGCCAUGUGUGAGCAGCUCAUCAAAGCUGUGAACGUGAUGAUGGACGCAGAAACAAACCAGAUUUACCGACUGGAGGCCCUGAAGUUUUGUGAGGAGUUUAAAGAGACCAGCUCCUUCUGUGUACCAUGUGGCUUGCAGUUGGCUGAUAAAGCCCAGCCAGCUGUAGUGAGACACUUUGGGUUGCAAAUUCUGGAGCAGGUCGUCAAGUUCAGAUGGAACAAUAUGCAACAACAAGAGAAGGUCCAGUUGAAGGAGUGUGCCAUGCAGUUGUUAUCAAAUGGUACUCAUUCUAUCCUGGAGGAGGAGAGCCACAUCAAAGAUGUCCUGUCACGAAUCAUAGUGGAAAUGAUAAAGAGAGAAUGGCCUCAACAUUGGCCAGAUAUGCUCAAAGAGAUGGAGGCUCUCACUAGCCAAGGGGAAGCACAGACAGAGCUGGUGAUGUUGAUCCUGUUGAGGCUGGCGGAGGAUGUGAUCACGUUCCAGACGCUGCCCACCCAGCGACGCAGAGACAUCCAGCAGACCCUAACUCAAAACAUGGAAAGCAUCUUCAGCUUCAUGAUGGCCAUUCUGCACGUUAAUGUCGAGGACUACCGUAAAGUGAAAGCGUCACCCGGACAUGAACUACAGGCCAAAGCUCACUGUCGAGUCGCUGUGGCUACCUUGAAUACACUUGCAGGCUACAUAGACUGGGUGUCUCUCGUGCACAUUACCUCUGGAAACUGUCACUUGCUGGAGAUGUUGUGUUUGUUGCUAAGUGAACCGGAGCUGCAGCUGGAGGCAGCCGAGUGUCUCCUCAUCGCUAUCAGCCGAAAGGGCAAGCUGGAGGAUAGGAAGCCAUUCAUGCUGCUGUUUGAUGAUGUGGCCAUCCACUACAUCCUUUCUGCAGCCCAGUCAGCAGAUGGACUGGCAAUAUGUAAGAAAUCUUCUGAAUCACAAGCAGUGGAGGUGGUGGAGCGGCGUUACAUCUUCCUGAAGAGGCUGUGUCAGGUCCUGUGUGCUCUGGGAAGCCAGCUCUGCUCAUUAGUGGGUUCAGAUGUAGAGGUCGAGGUACCUGCAAAUCUCAGCAAGUACAUGGAGGCCUUUUUAGCCUUCACUACACAUUCCAGUCAGUUUCUGAAGUCGUCCACUUUGGCCACUUGGGGAUCUUUGUUCAGACAUGAGACUCUGUCAAAGGACCCGGUUGUUGUGGAGAUGACUAUAAAAUACCUCAGAGCGUCUAUGAUCAACCUAGUCAAGACCGGAUUCCCAUCGAGAGACGAUAACCCCAGUUGCGAGUACUCCCGUGUGGACUUUGACAGCGACGAGGACUUCAAUUCGUUCUUUAAUUCUUUUCGAGCGCAGCAGGGAGAGGUGGUGAGGAGUGCAUGUCGCAUUGUUCCUCUGGAGGCUUUCCAGAUAGCAGCAGAGUGGUUACAGUAUCAAAUCGCCAGCCCUAUUGAUACUGGAGAUACCACAUCUAAGACUGCUGAGGGCCUGUGCUCCCUCCUGUCUCCAUCAGUGGUCCAGUGGGAUGCAAUGACUGUCUUCAUGGAGUGUAUGGUCGCACAGAUCUUCAAAAAUCUGGAUGAGGAGAGGUUGCCCAUAGAUCAGAGCAUGGAGUUGCUGCAGGCUGUGCUGAACUACGACACCAAAGACCCACUCAUCUUGUCCUGUGUGCUCACCAACGUCUCUGCCCUCUUCCCUUUUGCCACACGAAGACCGCACUUCCUGCCACAGAUCCUCUAUAAGCUGUUUAAAGCCAUCACAUUUGAGGUUGGUCAGGAAAAUAAGGGACCUCGAACCCGAGCUGUAAAGAAUGUGAGGAGGCACGCCUGUUCUUCCAUCAUCAAAAUUUGCCGAGAUUACCCACAGUUCAUCUUGCCUUGUUUUGACAUGUUCUACAAUCACGUUAAGAAGUUGUUCUCAAGCGACGCCACGCUGACUCACAUGGAGAAAUGUUCACUGAUGGAAUCUCUGGUGCUCAUCAGUAACCAGUUCAAAGACUUUACAAAGCAGAAGGCUUUUCUAGAUGAACUGAUGGCUUCUGUUGUCGCAGAAUGGACUUCGGAUGAGAUGAGGCAUGCGCUGGGGGACCCUGCUGUGUUCUUGUCCUUUGUUGGAGCUGAUCAGGUGGUCACUGAGCAAAGUAAAGAUACAGACACAGCAGGACUUAAUAGGGGGCGGUUGAGUUUCUGUUUGUAUGCCAUGUUGGGGGUGGUGAAGCGGUCACGCUGGCCUUCAGACUUGGCAGAAGCCAAGUCUGGUGGCUUUGUCGUGGGCUACACCCCAGCUGGAGCUCCCAUCUACAGAAACCCCUUCACCACUCAAUUUCAAGUCUUGCUGCCCAAUCUGCUGGCUCUAAUCAGGACUCACAAUAGUCUGUUCAUGCCAGAGAACAUGGCUCGUCUGAGUGAGACCUUCUCCAGGGCCCAUGAGGUGAUGGAUGCAGAGAAAAAUGUGGUUCUUGGUCUCUCUCAGCAUCUUUUGGAUAUCUAUGAUGCUCCUGUGUAUAGAUCCAGCCUGGAGCGCAUGCAGGGAUUUUUUACCAUGUUGUAUGACAACUGCUUCCAUGUCCUGGGAAAUGCAGGUCUGUCCCUGCAGCAGGAAUUCUACACCAUAGAGAAGUUGGCAGAAGAAAUAGCAGGCUCUGCUUUUGUGUCCCUCGACCACGUACCUGAUCACAGGCUUCGUCCAAUGAUUCGGGUGUUUCUGAGGCAGCUGGUGCUGUCAUGUCCUCAGGAGUACUACGACAGUCUACUCUGCCCCCUGCUGGGCCCUCUGUUCGCCUACAUGCAGCAGAGACUAAACAUCAAGUGGCAGGUGAUCAACCAGAGGACCUCUGUCAAUGGCGAGGAGGAGGAGGUGGUGUGUCAAGAGAGCCAGGUGACGCAGGAGAUGUUGGAGGAGCAGCUGGUGCGCCUGCUCACCAGGGAGGUGCUGGAUCUCCUCUCUGUGAGCUGUAUUUCCAGAAAAGUGCCUGAACCAGCAGCAAAUAAAGAGGAAAUAGAGGAGGAAGACAUGAUGAUGGAGUCAGUGCAGACGACGUCUCCUGGCCAGCCCACAGAGGAGCUGACUGAGCUGGGAAAAUGCCUGAUGAAACAUGAGAACAUCUAUAUGACCUUACUGACCCUCUCCUUCACCUCGCUGUCAUGGAAGGACACCACUAACUGUCACCGCACUGCUUCCAUGGUCUGCUGGACCCUUCUGCGACAGGUCAUAGGGGGUAAUCUUCUUCCUGAGGCGGUCACAUGGUUAUAUACCAGUGUUCUUCGAGGCCUUCAGGUUCAUGGGCAGCAUGAGGUCUGCAACUCCACCCUCUCUCAGCUGGCCAUGCUCAUCUAUGAAAACUUGCUGCCUCGCUACAUGGAACUGAGCGCAGUGAUGACCCAGAUCCCAAACAUUAGUGUGGACGCCUUGGACCAGUAUAAUCACAGGCUCUUGGACCCCAAUGCCCAGAAGGUUGGAGACAAGAAGAGGAAAGACCAGUUCAAGAAGCUCAUUGCAGGAACAGUUGGGAAAGCUCUGUGCCAGCAGUUCAGGAAGGAGGUUCAUAUCCGGAAUCUUCCAUCGCUCUUUAAAAAGCCGAAGCCAGACAAGGAUGUACAGAACAGUGAGGCAUUGGGCCUGGCAGCUCUCUUCUCCCCAGAGAAUAACACCCUGUAGGAACACAUAGUGGUUCCAAUGCUAACUGAAGAUGGAGUCGUGUGUACAAACCAGGGUUUCCCCUCACCAUCCUCCAGCAGGGGCAGUGCGACGCUACCUAACAUAACUGUCAACGCCUGUUUAUCAGUCCUUUAUUUGAACCUCCACAGCACUACUCACAUUCAUUAUUAAUAUCUCUACACUAGUCAUUAUCACUCAGUGGGUUCCCAUUAAAUCCCAUUGCACACUUCUUCUCCAUUCCUUCAGUCACACCAAUAAAGGAGGUAUAAUCGCUAUGAAAAUUUGUAGGAAAUGUUUCAGACAGAAGAAGAAUGGUCGGCUCCUGUGUCAGAUUGUGUUUAGAGACAAUCUUAAAAUGGCAGACUAACCAUUAUUGUUUGCUCUGCAGCAGGAGCUUUAUUGAGCCACAAAAAAUACCUUAAAAUAGGACCAUUCUGUCAUUUUAUCUUGGGCCUUUUUCAUUUUUAAGGGGCAAUAUUUGCCCAUCACACAGCAUAAUGUACACUAAGCAUGUCGUAGCUCUGUGGAACUAGGAAAUCCAACCGGGAGCCCAGCUGCGGUUUGUUAUUCAACAUAGAAACGGGCAUCUAAUGAUGUCCAAACAAGCAAAGCCAGUAUUGCUGAUAGCUGCAGGAGUAGCUUGUUAGGAAGGAGUGUGUGUGUGUGUGACUUGCAGAGACCUUUUGUACUUAACAUUUUUUUUUUUUUUUUUUAUUAAUUUCAGAGGUUAGUGUUGGCAGAUAUGUUGUGUGACCACGCUGCUGUUUUAUCUUGGGUCAAAAAGGAAGGAAGGAAGGAAGGAAGGAAAAUCUAGGACAAAUCCUGGUGCAUAUUUCUCUAUUCACCUUCAUUUUGUUGGGACAAAUUUCAAUGCAGUUUCUGAUUCUGAAGCAUGUGCUAAUGGUACCUCAGGUGUGACGUUCCCUAUGAUCGGGUGAAGAUAUUUUAUGGAAAUAUACCCAAAGGAAAAAAAAAAAAAAAAGCAGCUGGAUUGUGUUUUCAUGAAAUGAAUAUUGUAAAUUUAAGUAUGAACAACAGUUUCCUAUUUUGCAGAUAUUAGACGGUAGUUGGAUGAAGUAAUGACUGUUUGCAUUUUGCCAGUUUUUCAUAUCUGCACGACAAUUCAGAACGUUUUUGAAUUGUGUAUUUAAUUCAGAGCACAUAUCAUACUUAAGAUAAUGCAGCCACAUUUUGUGCCAAAACACUGGUAAAUGAUAACUUUAUUUGUAUAGCAUCUUUCAUGCUAGAAAUGCAGCUCAAAGUGCUUUACAACAAAGAAAUGACAUGCUCCGAGUGCUUCACAUGAAAAAAGACAUCAUGAACAUAAAAACAGGGAUAGGAAUGCCAUAAUUCAUGUAAAAUAAUGUGGGAAAAACUAUGAUAAAAUAUUGGGGACCAGAUAAUUGUGUCUGAGAAGCAAAACCUAACAUUGUACAACUUUCAUAAAGAUUAUUUAAGGGUGGACUCAACCCCAACUAAUGUGUAGCUUAAUCCAAGUCUUUCUGUUGUUUUCUAGCUGUUCAGUCAGUAAUGCUGUUCUGUUUUUUCACAUGUUCUGUUUUGUGUUUGUACUGGUAUUUCCAGCCACGAGAAAAAAAGAUGAACCAGCACUACAUUCCUUCAUUGUCCAAGGAAUUGUUUUUAAGCAUAAUUUGUUUGGAUGUAUUUAGCUCUUAUGGAGCUAUCGUGGUAGAGAGUUAUGUGUUUUUUAAAUUAUGUGUUGUGUAGAUUCAGACCAAAAUAAAUGAUUCUGGAGUGUGCCCCCCACUUUUAAAUGCAAUUAGACAGGACGGCAUUUCAGAUGCUGUUCCACUGUAAACAGGUUCACAUCAUACUUUCCCAGGAAUAGAACAUUUAUGAAACUUUGUUUUCCAAUGAAUUCAUUUUCCCUGUCUUUGUGAUGAUUGUUCACAUGUGGCCAUUUUUAACAAUGCUUGUUCAACACUAAAAUAUUCUGUACAAUGAAGAAAAUAGGCUUUUUAAAAGUGUAGUGUGGUUUAUAUUUUGUUGUUUUUAAAUAAAAUAAAAACUUAAUUUCA